GUUAGGGUAUUAGGGUUGUUUAUGCCGCUCAAACAAAAUGGUGGACAGGUGGUAAGAGCAAUUGGCGUAGAAAAGUGUUAAGUCAUUGCCAAAUAAAGAUCCUCGGAUUCCUUAAAAAUAACACCUAUCUCAUAUAAAUUACAAAUUAUAUAUGACGUGGUGCUUCACAUCUUACAAAUAAGUGUCCAGCUCAGGCUCAGGCGCAGUUAUUUUCUUUAAAUGGCGGCACAACAACUCCCCCCUGAAGAACUUGUGAGUUAUUUGGCCGAAGAAGGGAAGGAUUACUGUGUAACUCAUGGCAUCGUAAUGGGAGCGAAGGAUUCUUACCAUGCAGUCCAUCAUGCCCCCUUUACUCUUCUUCCAACACCGUUUCCGAAGCGAUUGUUUGCGCUAGCGAAAGAGGUGCAGAAAGAUUUCAACUUGCUGGUUCACAGAGUAAGUCAAGAUCACGAAUUCCUUAAGGGAGCUCUUCAAAGGUAAGCUUCUGUUUCAAGUAAAUAUAAGCAGCUGCAUGAUCCUUUUGAAAACAACUAAAUCUCUCCAGCUUUAAAGGGGUGGGUUAAAAAUUAUGAGAUAGUUUGUAAAAUUUAUCCAAUACAUAAAGACUCUGCUUGUUUGUUUCUCUGCAAAACUUUAAGAAAUAUGAGCUGCAUAUCAUAUCGUGAUUAAAUUUUUUUCUUGGUUUAGAGUUCUUAAGCAAAUUUAAAUCCUCUCCCCAUGUGUCCCUUGUUAUACUCUGAGGAAAUGUAAGUUGUAAAUUAGUCUGUCUAGAUGAACUAUGAUGUCUGAACCAAGAAAUAUAUGCUGAACCACAACCUAUGUAUCUUGUUGGGAAAACUCUGUUGGGCCUCUGAUAUUUUGCAUAAUUAGGGGAAAUUUUUUUUAAAAAAUAUAUCCAUUUUUUGUCUCAAGCACCAUUGAAGUUGAUGCAUUCACAGCCAAAAUAUAUGAAAUAUAUGAAAAGACAAGGAAGGAGGGACUUGUACAGGUAAAUUGACCCCUACUCAGACAUUUCCUUGCAAUACAUUCACUUUCUUAAUUCAAUUUUAAAAGAUUGUGGGGCAAAUAUUUUAUUCAUAGUUAAUACAGAGCAUGCAAUGUAUGGUCAUUGAUAAAUAUCUCUGGUAAAGCUUUUUGGUUCUGGGGUUUAAAUUGAAAUAGGUACUGUUUCAAGCUAGAAUAGUCACCAAAGAUGUACUGAUUUAAAAUUUGGAGAAUAAAAAUUUAGUUAAUGUUUCCUUUUGUAUUUAGUUUUGCUGACAAAGUGAUUUAAAAUUUUAACUCUUGGAAUAACUUUAAAUUUUAAAGUGAGAGGGACGAUCAAUUGGCACCAACUGUGUUAUACUUAAAUUGGUUAAAGAAUGGGGGAGGGGUGGUCUAGGGGACAUGUUUACAAAUAAAAUUGUGAAACUUUUAGAGUGUUCUGAUGCAAUUUGGCACAAUUUGUUGGAAAAAUUUGCCGAGGAGAGGAUUUUAUUUCCCUCUUUUUAACAACUGAUACCUAUAGCUCUAUCUUCUAUGGUUACUUCACAGCCAAUCUCAUUGGGGAUAUUUCGAUCCGACUACAUGCUGGAUGGUACCAAUGGAUGGUCAGAAAAUCUUACCAUUAAGCAGGUUGAAAUCAACACAAUUGCUUCUUCAUUUGGUGGACUAAGUGCACAGAUGCCAGGGCUUCACAAGUAAGAUUACUUGAACUAUGUUUAUGUUAGUAAAAGAAAAUUAUUAUUAUUUCAACUGAUUUUAAAUUUUUUACUGAAAGAAUGCAAUGCUUCCAUCUGCAUUCAUGGCCCUUCACAUUUAGGUUUACAUGUCAAAACUUAAUCACAACAGUAAUGUAUAACUUGGUUUUGUCUACUGAGUUGUAAUGAAGUUUAUUGUUACCUACCACCACAAUGAGCAGUAACCUCUUUUGCGAUAUUGAAAUGUUUAUUGUUUCUGAAUUUAUUUUCCAGUUUUAUUUUAGAUCUUCAAAAUGGUCUGGAACCAAGUAACAAAGAAAGGGUACAGUUUUAUAGAUUUUGUGACCAUUGUAGCUUGUGUUUUUUUUUCAAAUUUCUGUAUAACCCUUAGCCCUGAAUCACACAUUCAUGUCAUAAGAAUAAAGAAAGUGAUCACCAACUAGAGAAGCUCUUUAUUGUUAAACAAAUUCUCCUUGUCAGCACCUCAGGAAAUGUAUCGAGAACAGUAUGGAGAAUAUUCAGGAUGAUAGGGUGUAAAAAGUUAAUUCAUAAACUGAAGAUUUGCAAAUUUAUCUUUUACAUAGUUCAUUGCUUGUGGAAAAUUGUGCAUCUAUGCUUCUUUUUGUUGAGUUCAACAGAAAGCAGCUUGUGGCAAUUGAUCAUUGCCUACUUAAUAAUUCUUAAUAGGAUGUAUGACUUGCUUUGCCCUUCAUGGUUUAUUUACUGGUCAUAAUGGCCUACUCCAAGGUAAACAAACACUGGUUUCUCAUCCUAUUGAGAAGGCUUUAGAUGUGCCAUUGAUCUUAUCAUAUAGAUUCUGUGGUGAACUUUUUUAUGAAGCCUACACUGAUGAACUUAUUUUUUCAUUUUCUUUCUCUAGCUUCCUGAAAAUACCUCUGCUAUUGGUGUGGCUGAAGGAUUUGUGGAUGCCUGGAAACUCUAUGGAAGUGAAAAGUAAGCAUGUGUUCAGAGCAAAUAAGAAAAUAAUCGUUUUUGAACCAAGUCAGCCAAUGGGGAACAAAUUAUCAGUAGUUGGCUUGCUGAAGUCCAGUCACUGUGUUGCAUUAUUAGGCCAGAUUCUCCACCCUCACAGUGCUUAUCUCCCCCUGAAUUAUAAAAGAGUACCAGUGAACUUGAGGAAAUGAAGGGAGGGAGGGCAUAUACAAGGAAUUUGCCUCUCUUUAGGGUAGAGGUAAUAAGGCUUCUAGCUACUUUAUAUCACAGAAUCAAGGGUUAACUCUAAGACUUACAAGCCAAUAUUUUUUAACUUCCAAGUUUAUUUCUUGGGGCAUUCAGUCAAAGGCAUGGAUAAGUUUUACAUUUUUAGUUUUUUAACUCAUAUUAGGGCAGUCGUGAUGAUGGUUGUUAGUGAAAAUGAGAAAAACAGAUUUGAUCAGAGAUGGAUACAGCACCUUAUGAGAGAAAUGUAAGUGUACAUAAAACUUCACCUAUAACAUUUUAUCUUGUUAUUGUGGUUUUAAAUGUUGGUCUUUGUAGCUUUGUAUGACUAAUGCAGCUAUUUUUGUAAAUAAAGCUGUCUGGCAAUUGUGAAGAUCCUGUUGGAUUUCCAAAGAUGCUUCCAUAAAGCUUUUUGAACUACUUUUUGAAAUUACUUUUGAUUAAUUGUUCCUCUGAACUCACAAAAACUUUCUGUUAGUGUUUGUAGCCAUUGGAAAAAAAAGAAAAAGGUUCUCUUAUAUCUACACAAAAUUUGUUUCAAGUUGUUCACAUCCAUAUUUGGUAUUAUUUGUGAUUACAUUUUAGCCACCCAUCUGCACGUAUGAUAAGAAAAACCUUCAACGACAUUGGCCAAACAGGGGAACUAAAGGAUGAUAAAUCGCUGAUUGUGUAAGCACUUUGUCUUCUACCUGAAUUGUUUGUUUAUGUUUUUCUGAAUUUUCCCUUCUUACUGUUGUAUCUCUUUCACUUUCAACACAAUAUUGCUCAUUAUUGUAGGUUAGCAGUACUUGUACAAAUGUUCCAUCUUAGACUUAUUUCCGAAGACUCACCAUGGACAGAGGACUUUGGUUUUGAUAACGAGCUCUUUGUGUUUGUUUACAGGGAUGGAUAUGAAGUUGCUGUUGUUUAUUUCAGGGCUGGAUAUGAUCCAGAUAAUUAUAAAUCAGAAGUGGUUUGUAAAAAUGUCAAUUUUUUCUCCUUUAGUUGUGACUAAAAAGGAAUAUUUUAUUAUCAUAUACAUUUUUAAACAGAGGAGUGAUUACAAAAAAAAAAUACCAUGGUAGAGUUAUUGUUUGAUUUAAAAUCUAAUUCCUCAGGGCUAGAAUUAUGAGAAAUAUGUGGCAGAUGGUAAGGAGAAUUGAUCAUGAGAUCUCAGGAGGAGAAGUUAUUAUGAGCUCACCUUGAAAAAGUUAUCAUCUUUUAUUGGGAAACUUUCAUUGUCUCCUUUUUAUAUAUGCCACUUGCAAAACCUAUUGCAUAGCCUUAAUGAUGGCCCAAGUCUUCUGCAAUCACCAGCAACUUACACAGUCCCUUGUAGGGAAGUUGGACGUGUUCACCUUAAAAAUGCUUUCUUACACAUUAGCAACAUUGCUCUCAACCACUUAGCAGUUCAAAUUUCUUCUUACCCUAACCCCAAUAACCUUUACUUUCCUCAGUACAUUCCAUAAAAUUAUAGCUCUGUGAAGUUGAUACUUAUCAAACUAUCAACCAUUUGAUGUAUUUCCUCAUUCAUGUCAUCUCUGCUGAAAUUUAUUUUAAACCAUUGAAAUAAAUUACUUGAUGCAGUUUCUCCAAAUGGUGGUAGGGUUUAAGGAGCUUUUCAGUGGUUGGCUGGAGGUCUCAUGUUUUUUAUCACAUAUCUAAACCCUAUGUUUAACAUCUAUUUGACAUCUGAUUUUUUUCCCUACACAGGACUGGAACACUCGUCUGAUGAUGGAAAAAUCCAGAGCUAUCAAGUGUCCAUCAGCUGCAAUUCAUCUUGCUGGUACAAAGAAAGUUCAACAAGUGCUAGCUUCACCUGGGGCAUUGGAAAGGUCAGUAGUAUGAGUUGUGAAUGUUCUCAUUUGGAUCUGUAUUCUUUCAGUAUAAAAUUGAGUAAGGGGAUGCUCAAGGGUGGAAUGGACAAAAGAAAUCAAUUGGGAAAGGGAAGGUUUAUAUUCUCAAGUCAUAUUGAAACUUAUGGUAUUACUUCAGACCUGAAUUAGAUAAUCAGAAAUCCAGUAUGACCAUGUGCAUCUAAGUACUUCAUGCAUGAUAAAACAAGGUGUACUUCAACAGCACUUUGGCAAGGGGGGGGGUUAUAGGUCAGGGGGCAUUUCCCUAAAAAUUAACAUUGUUAUGGAGGGGAACAGUUUCACUGUUUAUAUAUUUACUUGGUUUAGAUGCCAUGUCUCCUGGUAAAGUGUUUUUUAUCCUCAUUACCAAAUUGAUAACUCCACUGUCAGGUAGCUUACAAUCCAUAUACCACUUAUGUUGGGUUUACAAAUAAUAAGAAUUGCUAAUAAAGUACAAGUCAGUUUUUUUGGUAAUUUGUUUCUAUGUAGUUCAACCUGGUCAAAUAAAUUGGGUCUAAGUAUUUCCCACAGGGAAGACAUUGGCCACCAGGAUUAAUUACUUAAGGAGGGAAGUUGUUUUGGUGCUUUGCAUCCUAUUUGAUUCUGUCUGUGAUUUAUUUGAUCCAGAUUCAUAUCAGAUGAGGAUAUGUUAAACAGGAUACGUAGAACCUUCACUGGACUCUUUACACUGGAUGAGGUGAGGGAAGUUAAACUGUAAUUUAAAUUGAACUCUAUCACUUCUUUACCUGUAACUGAAUCCAUCCAGUGUUAAUGAAUCCAAAAUAGCCUUGUUGGUUGUUUUAAUCCCAAUUUGAAGAGUAAUCUCUCUUUCAACGAUUAAAGCACGUCCUUAACGUAAAAUUCGAUUUGUUUACUUUGGAAGAGUGCAAUUGCCAGCCUAAUUAUAGACCAGCUUACUUAGUUCGAAAGGUGGGUGGUUAAUGAUUUUUAAGGAUUCAGUGAUGCCGGCUGGCAGCGAUAUAAAAAAAGAAUGAAAACAGAUAGGACACAAACCUACAAAUACGAGAAAACAAAGUGUCGGACGUGAUACUGUUACCAUUGUCUUUGAUUCCAAGAGUUAUUGAUCCAAAUAACCCUCCCUGACAAAGCUCAUGAAGUAUUUGUUUACGAUACAGGGACCUGAAGGAGAUAAAACCGUUCAAAUGGCUCUAGCUGAUCCCGAGAGAUUUGUUUUGAAGCCACAACUAGAAGGAGGAGGUAGGGCUUUCUCAUUUAUAACAACUUUGGCUUUGUUUAAAAUACUGAAGUUUUUUUAUCCGAAAUCUUACCGGAGAUGUUUAUCCUUACAAGCGACUAGCUAUCCGUCUAAAAGUCUAUAGAAUUAGAGAGAAAUUCUUUUGGCUUUACAAUAGGUCUCUUCAGCUACUCUGAGCCCGGGGCUGGUCAGUUUUCUGGCUUUCCAGAUGGAAAGCUUCGUAGAGAGGAAUCUUAGUAAAAUCUUAAUGAUGACAGCCGAAACGCGAGACAUGCUAUUCUUCCGCGAGAAAUUUGAAGCUCUUGACCGGUGACCUAUUAAAAGUGGGGGGAAUGCCUUGUUGCUGUAGCAAAUGAUUCAAAUUUUGUUUCUCUGUUAAACUGAAAACCUUCAGUAAUAAUUUGAUUGUUGUUGUUUACUUUCCAAUUGAAGGGAAUAACAUAUUUGGAGACGACAUUGUCAAGACCCUUACUUCAACAGUUGAUGUGAAGGAAAGAUCCAAAUUCAUUUUGAUGGAAAAAAUCAAACCACCCAUCGUCAAGAACUACAUAGUUCGUGCAGAACUUCCUAAACCAGUCUUAGCUGACGUACUCAGUGAGAUUGGAUGUUUUGGAAUACUUUUAAAGUAAGUCAUGUGACCAAGCCACCUCUGCCGCCACUUCAGGGCCUUCGGGCAAGGCUCUCAUUUGGCGGUGCGGCACAAGCAGCGAAGUAUGGGAGACUCUAGCCGACGAGCGAGGAGAGUCCUCCUUCUUACGGGCUUUGCCACCCUUGCCGGAGCGCCAACUGGUGCUGCCCCUGCUCUCAGGAUGAAAAUGGGAAGAAAUAAUCCGCAAGAGAUCACCUAAAUUUUCUGUUAAAGGGGUAUUCGUUUACCAGGGUGGUCAAAAGUUUGAGUUUCUAAUUAUGGUAGCUUCAGAAGGAGGAAUUGUCCAUUUUUGCUGAAGGUUAUCGGAGAGAAAGACUGUUACCAUUGUAUAAUCUUCUCUUUUUCAUUUUUUUCAGUCGUGGUGAUGAAGUGUUAGUGAACAGAGAGGUUGGACAUCUCAUGCGAACCAAAAGCACCGCACAUCAAGAUGGAGGGGUUUCUUCAGGACGGGCCAAUCUGGACAGCCCCUAUUUGGUGUAACUUUCGUACCUUACAAUGAGCCAAUCUUGACAUUUCCUAUUAAAUUUAACUGCCUACCAUCAACGGGUCUUUUGUCAGUUACCUCAUAAUAUGAAAUCUAGGUAGUAUUUUCGGUGAAAUUCUUAGUCAUUGUAGGCGUGCCAAAUUAAUGUAAAUAGCCUCUUUUUGAUGUACCUUUUUACCUCUGACGGACCCUUAUUUAACUCAUGGUGCUUCAAUAGUGGAGAGCACGUCGUGGAAUAUUUCGAGCCUUUAUUUUCUUGAAUUUUUUUUCUCAGAUUAGGCUACUUGCUCCUUGUGUACAGCUUUGUUCGUUAAUUCACGUGUAGUCAAUAAGGUAAAAAAUAGUUCCGUGAUUUUUAGGCUUCAUUAUUAUGUCUUCGCCUGUCAGUCAUCUUUCGUUGUAAUGAUUUGUUAUUCUUAAAUUGCUAUUUAGAAAAUAAUUAGUUUGUCGACUGAUAGACCAGUCAAUCAAUUAUAAAACUGAAAACAGUAAGAUUAUGCGUUCAAUUAAAAGAAAAAAUCUUCUACUAGUAACCCAGUGUUAAGCGAUAGUAACAGUUCAAAGUAAGUGAAUAAAGGGGUAAGUUUCUAAAGAAACUGUGGUGCUGCGUCGGUGGGAGAGUAUAGCAGGUAAUUUAGUGUUAACAACUGGGUUGA